AUGUCACCCAUCAACUUUGAAUCAUUUUACAAUGUCAUUGACGGCAAGCUGGAGGCUACUGCUGAAACCCGUCACGGCAUUAAUCCAGCAACGUUGGAAAAGCUGCCUCCAGUGCCUAUCAGCACGCACAGAGAUGUGAAUAGAGCCAUCGACGCGGCUAAAAGCGCUGCUACAGGCUGGGCUGCGACGCCCAUGGAGGAGCGCAAGCAGAGAGUUAUGCAAUAUGCUGAUGCUGUGAUUGCUCUUGCUGAUCAGUUCGGUCAAAUGUUGACAACAGAACAGGGAAAGCCUUUGAGCUUUGCGAUAGGAGAAGCUCAUGCUGCAGCCACAUUCUUGAAAGGGUUUGCAAAGAUGGAUCUUCCGGAACGAGUGAUUGAAGAUACCGAACACCGCCGAGUAGUCACACGUUACGUACCUGUUGGCGUAUGCGUCGGCAUCGUCCCGUGGAAUUGCAUGUCUAUUCUAGAGGUAACCUUCAAGAUGGGUCCGGCUUUGGUAUCAGGCUGUACAAUUAUCCUGAAGCCAUCUCCAUUCACCCCCUAUUGUGACAUCAAAAUGAUUGAACUUGCUCAGCAAUUUUUCCCUCCAGGCGUUGUGCAAGUCUUGAGCGGAGAUGGUAGUUUGGGUCCUUUGCUCACUGAAAAUCCCGAUGUAGCCAAGAUUUCUUUUACUGGCUCAACUGCAACUGGAAUAAGAGUGUCACAGAGCGCUGCACCAUCUUUGAAGAAAGUUACACUUGAACUGGGUGGCAACGAUCCAGCAAUUAUUUGCUCAGAUAUUGAUAUCCCUAAAGUUGCAGCGAAGGCUGCCAUGAAGGCGUUCACUAAUAGCGGUCAGGUCUGCAUCUCUAUUGAAAGGCUCUAUGGUCACUCUUCUAUCUACGAUCAGUUCAUGGUAGAGCUGCUAGAGGCUACGAAAUCCCUUAUAGUAGGAAAUGGCAUGAAUGAGUUAACAAAUCUGGGACCGAUUCAGAAUGAAAUGCAAUAUGAACGACUCAGGGCCUUUGUGGCUUCAAUUGAACAUGAUAAGCUUACUAUUGCAGCCGGAGACUCGAAGAAUGCCUUUCCAAGUGGUAACGGCUACUUCAUGAAUCCUCUCGUUGUUGAUAAUCCACCCGAAGAUUCCCGGGUUGUCGUUGAAGAACCUUUUGGACCGAUACUCCCCGUUCUCAAAUGGGACACGGAAGAAGAUGUUAUCAAGCGCGCGAAUAAAUCUGCCGGUGGGCUGGGAGCCUCAGUUUGGUCGCGCGAUGCGGUCCAGGCUGAAAGAAUGGCAGUCCAAUUACAGGCUGGAAUGGUUUGGAUCAACACUCAUGCGGAGCUUCAAGUGGAUGCUGUUUUUAGAGGACACAAGCAUAGUGGAAUUGGCAGUGAGCUAGGAAUUGAGGGCCUCAAAGCAUACUGUCUGACUCAAUCCAUUGUACACGAUAAAAUCGGUGCAUGA